UGUCAAGCCCAGCCACAGGGCAGCCGGGUAGCCUGUCAGGUUUUUGACAGCUCGGCACUUGACAUGCUACUUAGGUCGUUUAUCUACCUCUCUGACACUCUUGCUGGGAAGCGGAGCCCUGCUCUUGAGUCCGGGAUUUAGUUUCGCCCAAAACCUACUGUAUCUGUUUUGAUGAGAAAUUGGUUAGCUAUGUUUUUUAGCAUAGCUGACGACGACCAGGCGACGGCGGCGGGUUAGCAACAGGGAUCCUCCCCGGACGCCGCGAGCUGUCUCUCAAUUCCGUCUUCUUUGGUAAUUCAUUCCGAGCUUCCCUUAUCUCUUCACUAGCACGUUUCCCUCCAGCUGACUUCGCGGUCAAAACGUCAGACAGACAGAUGCUCUGCCACAAACCGCUCCCUCCUUUGUUUACAUGCAAUCCUCCAUCUGACUUGCUUUGUUUUCAUGAGGGGUCCUAUAGUAUGACUGUAUAACCCCCCCACCCCCGGAACAAUAAGAAAAUAUGGAAAUCGGGACGUAACCGAAAAGGUGACAUUUAUCUACUAAAAUGUGGACGAGCUGGGAUUUAAAGGAGGACAGCUGGAUCAGCUGGGCUGUUUGACUUUGUGUGGGCGUUGGACAAACAGCAGGAUACUUUUUGCCCCUAAAAACGCUUAAGCUUAUGCAAGCCUGCCAGAGGAGACUCGGGACUCAACUUCUCUGGAAACUUGGCGACUCUUCUAGUACCACGAUGAUGCUGAGGAUCAUUCUGAUCAUCAGUUUUGUUGUCUGGGCAAAAUGUCAAGAGAGCCAGAGCAUGACCACAGAGGAGAAAACUGUUAUCAGGGACCAAAUUGUUGAAAUGUUUGACCACGCUUAUGGUAGCUACAUGAAACAUGCCUAUCCAGCAGAUGAGCUGAUGCCUCUAAGCUGCAAAGGGAGGGUGCGUGGAGAGGAGCCCAACAGAGGGGACAUAGACGACUCCCUGGGGAAGUUUUCCCUCACUCUAAUCGACACCCUUGAUACCCUGGUGGUGCUGAACCAGCUGGAUGAGUUUGAGGACGCGGUGAGGAAAGCCGUGAGGGACGUUCGCUUUGAUAACGACGUGGUGGUGUCAGUGUUUGAGACAAACAUCAGAGUUUUGGGCGGGCUUUUGGGGGGCCACGUCAUGGCCGACCUGCUGCGGCAGCGUGGGGAGAGGAUGCAGUGGUAUGACGACGAGCUCCUUCAAAUGGCCAUAGAGCUGGGACAUCGAUUACUUCCUGCCUUCAACACCACAAGUGGCCUUCCCUACCCAAAGGUCAACCUGCGGUAUGGCGUCCUGAACCCACUUUCACGCACAGGCACUGAAUCAGACACCUGCACGGCCUGUGCCGGCACAAUGAUCCUGGAGUUCGCUGCCCUCAGCCGACUCUCUGGAAAGUCUGUGUUUGAGGAAAAUGCCAGAAAGGCCCUGGAUGUCCUCUGGGAGAGGAGACAGAGAGGGAGCGACUUGGUGGGGACUGUCAUUAACAUCCAUAAUGGUGAAUGGGUCAGGAGAGAUAGUGGAGUCGGUGCUGGGAUUGACUCAUACUACGAGUACCUGAUGAAAGCCUAUAUUCUUCUAGGAGACCAUGUGUUUCUGGAGAGGUUCAACGUUCACUACAGUGCCAUCAUGAAGUACAUCAGCCAGCCUCCCCUGCUGCUCAACGUGCACAUGCACAACCCCACUGUGAGCGUGCGGAGCUGGAUGGACUCUCUGCUGGCAUUCUUCCCUGGAUUACAGGUUUUGAGAGGAGAUCUGAAACCAGCCAUCGAGACCCACGAGAUGCUGUACCAAGUCACUAAACAGCACAAGUUCCUUCCAGAGGCUUUCACUACAGAGUUCAGAGUUCAUUGGGGCCAACACUUACUGAGACCGGAGUUUGCAGAAAGUACCUACUACCUCUACAAGGCCACUGGUGACCCAUACUACCUCAGAGUGGGACAAUCCAUUGUUGAAAAGCUCAACGCCUAUGCCAGGGUGCCUUGUGGGUUUGCCGCUGUGCAGGACGUCCGCACCGGGAUGCAUGAGGACAGGAUGGACUCGUUCUUCCUGGCGGAGAUGUUUAAAUACCUGUACUUGCUGUUUUCGGAGAAGAGUCAGCUGCCAAUAGAUAUUGAUGAGUACAUCUUCACCACAGAGGCUCACUUACUGCCUGUGUCCCUGUCCACCACUCAGGCACCUUGUCAAGGAAAUGCCACAGCUGCUCCAGUUUCCCAAGAUGAGGAUCUGUUCACCCACUCCUGUCCCAGCACGGAGACAUUGUUCCCCAAUAACCCCUCAUUUGCCAAAACCAUCAGGGACAGCUACAAGUACCUCACAGGGGUUGGACGAGCCUUCCACCCAGUCCCUGUCAGGGAAAUUGAACUACCGCUACAUGAUAGUGGUUUGGAACCGGUGGAGUUCUUGAAAAGCAUGGGCAUCUCUCUCACCCCUCUGACUGAAAUCGGCAGAAAUCAGAAGGAGCACAAAGGAGUGUAUCGGGUGAGGCUUGUUGCAGAGCUAAGCCAGACACCAGAAGAGGAGCUGGUGGUGCCUCUUGUUGUUCAGCUCAUAUCGCCUCCAUUUCUCGGAAGGACGGUCCUGACUGCAGGGCCGGCUAAGUUUGGAAUGGACCUCACCAAGCAGGAACAUGGGGUUAAGGGCAGGAUAGUGAAAGCUUCCCCCUACACGGCCUGCGGGCCCUUGGACAACGCCGAGGAGCUGACAGGCCGCAUUGCUCUGGCACUACGUGGUGACUGCAUGUUUGCUGCAAAGGCUCGCUGGCUGCAACAAGCUGGAGCCAUAGGAAUCAUCUUCAUAGACCAUCGUGAGGGAAGUAAUAGUAAGGAAACACCCCUCUUCCAAAUGGUCGGAGAUGGCGACGCAACUGAAGACAUCACCUUGCCUUUGGUCUUCCUGUUCAGUCGUGAGGGCGCCGUACUCACAGCCGCCCUGGAGGAGCAUCACAACGUGGAUGUGCUGCUGCUGGCCAAGGAGAGACAGCUUGGACAGGAUAAAGCAGAAAAACCUGUCAGCCUGAACAUAAAACUCCGCCUCACAGAGGAGGGCAGCCUGGAGCCAGAAGCAUCUGGAAGGCCCACCCUGGAGUUUGUCUUGGAUGAUGGAGAGGCCCUUCUCAAAGAAGAGAGAGAAGGAGACCUCAGCGAAAAGCAGCAGGUCUGCACCCAAGAAACAGAGAAAGACAGAACAGAGCCAUGUUCAGCAGACUCGUUUAAAACCCAAAACUCUGACAUCGGACCAGAAGCUAAUCCGUGACUGCUGUAGAUCUCAAAACAGGCACGUGUCCCAACACUGGUUCUUUGUCAGUUUCUGAGUGGCAUGUGCCUCAGAGCCCCCUCACUGCCCGACUGUUAAUAGAGCCCCAACUCACACAGCCUGCAUGUUUACAGCUGAUGGAGGAGAGUCCAGGAGGGUGAAAGCCCCACUCGCACCCUGUACUGACUGUGAACUCUAAAGAUGGUUCCUUAUUUAUGAAGCAGUCAUUGGAGACUCAGUUCUGUGUUUAGGAUCUAAUGAGACCAAAUUAGGGUGGG